AUGAGACAAGCUGUCACCACGACUCUCUCCAUGUGGGGAGAGAGGCGCUUGGGAUACUCCAGUUUAAGAGAAUCCACAGUCUCUCUAGAAGAUGAGAGAUGGCCUCCGCUAACAGGACUGAAGGAGAACUCCAUCAUUGAGGAAAAGGAGGUGGAGGACAGUAAGGUGGAGGUGUGGGGUGGUUCCUUCAGCGUUGACGCUCCAGGAGCUGUCAUGAGAGAGCCAGCAUCAUUUGCUGUAGAUCUGCACUCAACGGGGUUAGAACAGAGCAAAAACCUAAGCCUGGAGAUCGAAACUCAGACCAGACCUAUCACGCUGCCUCAGUCAGUGACUGAAUCAGUUUCAACCUGUGGAAAUAAUGAGGAUGGGGAGACCUCUCGUCCACAGACGCCCAUAAAUAUAGAAAGCAACCGCCAGGCUGCAGGACCUGAUCUUCAUCUUAAGUCUUCAAUACAAUGUAAAUCCAUUGGGGACGUGGCCCCUCAUUGGGUUCCUGACUCUCAGGCUCCUGUGUGUAUGAAAUGUGGCAUCCGUUUCACCUUCACUAAGAGGAGGCACCAUUGUCGUGCAUGUGGGAAGGUGUUCUGUGUCGUUUGCUGUGAUCUAAGGUUCAGGUUAAGUCACCUUGACGGAAAGGAAGGGCGUGUUUGUGUCACCUGUCACUCCACCCUCAUGAAUAAGUCUCUUCCCAAGGAGCACAGGAGAGUAUGGUUUGCUGACAGUGUCCUACCUGAUACUGAAUCCACGGACACCAACACGUCGACUCAUAAACCAGCACGCCCAUCACGCAAGCUCCAAAAGGCAGCAGCUCACGAGGAGAUGCUUAAUUCUCCUGACGUUGUGAGUGGAGCUGUAGUGAGCAGUCCUGUAAGCAACUCUACUAUUCAUCUCUCACCAGAGGGGCUCCCUCCCAUUCUCACAUCCACAGGAAUUAAAGGAGACUUCAUGGUGAUUGAGAGACCAUCUGAAACAUCACUCAUGGAGGAGCUGGAAGGAGGCAGAGCAGACCCUUUAGUCUUUGUCCUCAAUGCCAACCUGCUAGCCAUGGUCAAGGUUAUAAACUAUGUGAAUAGGAAGUGUUGGUGUGUGACAUCAAAGGGGAUGCAUGCAAUGGGUCAAGCUGAAGUGGUGGUACUGCUUCAGUGUCUACCAGAGGAGAAGACCUUCCCCAGAGACAUCUUCAGCCAUUUUCUCCAGCUCUACCGUGAUGCCCAGACAGGAAAGACCAUCGAUCACCUGAGCCAUUCUGUGGUGACCUGUAGUUUCCUGGGCAGCAAAGAACACACUGGCUUUCUUUAUGUUCAGUCCACUUUCCAGUCGCUGGAAGGCUUGCCAUUGCCUAGCCAACCAUUCCUGUUUGGUCUUCUGAUUUUGAGAGAUGAGAUGCCUUGGGCCAAAGCCUUUCCUCUGCGGCUUAUGCUGCGUUUAGGUGCAGAGUACCGAUUUUAUCCAUGUCCUCUAUUCAGUGUGCGCUUCAGAAAGCCCGUGUUUGGAGACAUCAGUAACACCAUUAUGAAACUCCUAGUGGAUUUCCGUUUGUAUCGAUACACAUUGCCAGUGGUGCCUGGACUCAUGGUGGACAUGGAGGCGCGCAGCACCUGUGUCAAGAUCCCGAAAUCCCGCCAUAAUGAGUUGAUGAAGGCUCUCAAGAGGUCGAAUGAGAAGGUUCUGGCAUUAGGAGCCUGUUUCAAUGAACGGGCCGACUCUCAUCUCAUCUGUGUGCAGACAGCAGACGGCCAGUACCAGACACAAGCCAUAAGCAUCCACAAUCAACCUCGCAGAGUUACAGGCUCCUGCUUUUUUGUAUUCAGUGGAGUGCUGAAAGCAUCUCCAGGAUACCUGGCUAAAUCCAGCAUUGUUGAAGAUGGCUUGAUGGUGCAGAUCACCAUGGAAACGAUGGCAGAGCUUCGGAGGUCGCUACGGGAGAUGAAGGAUUUCACCAUCACCUGUGGGAAAAUUGACCAAUCAGACAGACAAGAACAAGUCCAUAUUGAAUGGCUGGAGGAGGAUCCUCCGUUAAACAAAGGUAUUAUUAGCCCCAUUGAUGGAAGGACAAUGGAGUCCGUUUCAAGCCUCAGGAGCCAUCAGCGAUCAGAGUACAGAGCCAAUGGAAAGAUUAUCCGGUGGUCAGAGGUGUUCUUCCUUAGGAGGGAUCAGCAGGCCAACAACCCGAGUAACCAUAGUAACUACAGUCACCUGACAGAGCGCCUAGCAUGGGCAUUCUGCCUGGCACUGUGUCGGGAUCUCAGACUAUUGAAGGAGGAUGGCAUGGCUAAGCUGGCACUGCGUGUGACAUUGGACUCCCAGAAGGCAAAUUACCAGGCUGGUAGUAACGGACAGCCUCUUCCUGCUCAGUAUCGGGAAAGUCUGGACAGAUCUCUGACUCCAGUCCUUCAGAGCAGCUCAUAUCAGAAAGGCAAGGGGGUGCUGGAGUUAGAGCUUAUCUUCUACAUUCUGGAGGACGUCUCGUAA